AUGUCAUCUAAUUAUAAAAAUUUAAAGGUUAUUGAUUAUGAUUUCAUUAAUAACAUUAACAGACAAAAAAUAGAUAAAGAAGAAAAAUGGAUUAACAAAAAUAUCAUGUUAGAUGAAAAUGAGUAUAAUUUAGAUAAAAAUUUAAGAAAUGAAAUAUUAGAAGGAAAUAAUAGGAAAUUAAAUUUUUUCAAUUCUAAAAAGUUUUAUUAUGAUGAGAUUUAUACAUAUUCUGAAGAUAAAAAAACUUAUAAUAAGAAAAAUAAUUCAUGUGAUAAAAAGAAUGAAGAGAAAAAAAAUUCAGUUAUCAUAGAAGACAAUGACCUACUAAAAUAUAAAGAUUAUAAAAGCAAAAUAAAUAAUAAUUCAGAAGAGAAGAAUUUGCAAUCGAAUAACAAAGGGAAAAAUUUAGAUUAUAUGAAAAAUGAAAGAAAUUUAAAAAGGAAAAAAAUAAAUGAAAUUAUAAACAAAUAUAGAAAAACUAUGAAAAUUAAUCAUGAAAGAAGUGCAUAUGACGAUUCUGAUAUAGAUAAAAAUAUUGUAUAUAACAGUAAUAGAAGUAAUUGUAACUUAAUUAAAAAUAAAAUAGCAAUAAAAGAAAUAGAAAAAAAUGACAAUAAGUAUAAUUGUAACAUUGGUGCAUCAAUAGAUGAUAAAAAAACAGAGAUUCAGGAAAUUUCAACCAUUAAUACUGUUGAGUUACAUAAAUAUGAAAAAAAAAAAAAUUUGUCAAAAGAAAUUAAUUUGAGAAAAAAUUAUUCCAUAAAAAAUAACAAUACAAACAUUAUUGAUGAUAAUAAUAAAUAUAAACAUGAUUUCCAAUUAAAUUUUGAUAAAAAUAAGAUUGAAAAUGAUUCUUACAGUAAUAAUCUUGAAAAUAUUAAAAAAGAUAAGAGUUAUUUAAAUUAUUAUAGUAAUGAAGAAAAUAAAACUAGUAAUAUUAACAAUAAAAAUUACAAAAAUUCAGAUAACAUGAAUAAAUUAUUUAACGAAGAAUCAAAUAAAGUAAAUAAUUUUGAUGAAAUAUAUGAUAAAAAAAAAAAUGAUCAAAUUGAAAAUAAAAGGGAUAUCUAUACUCAUACAAAUAAGGAAAUUUAUAACGAUAAUAAAAUAUAUAAAUUAGAUAGUAUUGACAAACAUUUUGAUAAACUUACAAAUAAUAAUAGGUUCUAUAUGAGCAAAGAUAAAUUAUCAUUCAGUCAAAAAAAAAAAAAUUAUUUAGAUUAUGAAAGAGCAAAGCAAAUUGAUUUUAAAAAAUCAACAAUUUUAAAAUACAGAAAUAGAGAAGAAGCAGUAGCAAAUACUGAUGCUUUUAACUCAAGUGAAUUAAAAAUUUUAUUAAAUGAAAACAAAUUAUUUGGUGAAGAAAAAAAAAUUAGGGAUAAAUUUAGAGAAAUAGAAUUAAUGGAAAAAUCAAUUGAAUCUAAACGUUUGUUAACAAGUAAUGAGUAUAGAAUGAAUAAUGAUCAAAAAAAAAAUGAGAUCGAACCAAAGCAAAUAAUGCUAUAUAGAAUAGAUCUUCAAGGAGAAUUAAAAAAAAAUAGUAGUUCUAAAAAUCAAAUACAUGAAAAUAAUAAAAAUGAAACUACUGAACACAAUAUUGUGAAAAAUAAAAUUUAUAAUAAUGAUAAAAAGUAUUCAAAUAUUGUUAUAGAUAAAAAAUUAGAUUUUUAUAAUAAUACAAAAGUAAACGAAAAAACAAAAUAUGAUGAAUUAAAAAUCAAAUUAUUUAAUGAUGAUACCACUAAAGAGAAUAUGAAUAACAUAAAAAAAAGUUAUAAAAGUAAUUCAGAAACUUUGCUGGAUGAUAAUUAUGAUUUAAAUAAAUCUUUAAACGCAUCAGUAGUUAAAAAUUAUCUUAACAAAAGCGAAAUAAACAUUUUGAAGAAAAAUUAUAAUUAUAAAAAACAGCUUAAAAUAAAUAAAGAAACAUUAACUUUCAAAAAAGACAGUAAUGCACAAUCAAAUGAAAUUGAUAAGGUAAAUAAUAUUUUAGAUAAUAAUUUGAUACAUAAUAAUGAAAAUAAAAAAAGCGCAUUUAAAAGUGUAAGUAAUGAAAUAAGUGAUAUAUUAGAUAAUAAUAGUUUGAUAAAUAAUGAUGACAAUAAAAGAAGUAUAUUUUAUGAUGCAAUUGAAGAACCAUUAUAUAAAGAUGAAAAUGACUUGAAAGAAUCCAUAAAAAAAAAAAUAAAUAAAAAUGAAGAAAAAUUAAACAAGUAUGAUUAUGAACCCAUUUCACAUUAUUAUAAAACUGGGGAUGUCGAAAAAUCAAAGUGGAAUAAUUUAAAAACAAAAGAUUUUAAAGUUGAACAUAGAAAUAAUAAUUCACGAACUGAUGAUAAAAAAAAAGAGGAAAGACAAUUGUGUAAUAAUGACAAUGAAAAUUUCCAAAAUUUUUUAUUCUCAAAAUUGAAGGAAAUUAAUAAAAGAGGAGAAAAGGUUAAUAAUGAUUAUAUAACAAAAAAAAGUGUAGAAUUAAGUAAAAGAAAUAAACUAAAUAUUGAGAAUGUUAAUUUUUUAAAAAAUAGAAAACUGUUUGAUAAUUAUGAAGAAAAUAAAAAUGAAAUAAGAAAUGAAGAUAAUGAAGAAAAAGAAGAAAAAGAAGAAAAAAGUUUAAAUGAGAAUGAAAAUAUUCCAAAAAAAAAUAAUAUUGAGAAAAACUUUAACACAAAAAGUAAUUCUAUUAAAGAAAAGAUAGAAUAUACUAAUGGUAAUAUUUAUAAUGGAGAGCUAUUUAAAGAUCAUUUAAAAUUUGAUAAAAAUUUUAUAAAUUUGUAUAAUUCUAAAAAUAUAAAAAGAAAUAAUGAAAAUUAUUUAAAUAUUGAUAUCUCCGAUGAAAUUAAUGAUUAUAAAAUAAGAAAUGAUGUUAAUAGUAGUAAAAAAAAUAGAAUUUAUUCAGAAAAUAAAGAAAUAAAUAUAAAUGAUAAUAAUUUGCUAUGCACAAAAAUAAAAUAUGAUUGUAACUUUGAAAUUAACAAUGAAAAUUUUCAAGAAAAUAAAAAAAAUAAAAUAGAAUAUUUAAUGAAAUGUAAUAAUAAAGACAAAAAAAAUAUGGAAAUAUGUAAAAAUGAAAAAGAUAUAAAUAGUAUAAAUGGAAAAAAUGUUAAUAAAAAGUUUAUGUUAACUCAAAAUUCAGUAAAAAAAGAAGUUUUUUCAAAAAAUAAUAUAGAAAAAAGUUUAGAUUGUUUAAAAGAAACAAAAGAUAACUCAUAUAUGAAAAUAUAUCAGAAUGCAUUAAGUCAUUCUGUUGACUCUCUAAAUAAUAUAAAUAAAGAGAAUAAUAAUAAGAAUUAUUCUCAUGAUCUUUUUUUAUCUAGGAUAGACAACUUGCUAAAAAAUCAAAAAAAAAAUAAAAAUAAAAUUGAUUUUAGUAAUAGAAAAAUGAAUGAAGAAAAAAGUCGUAAUAAUAUAUAUUCAGAAGAAGAAAAAAAAAAUUCCAAUGAAAAAAUAAAGGAAAAGUUAGAAAUGAUAAAACAAAUUAACAAUGAACAAAAAAUUAAUAUUGAUGAAAAAAACAAGUUAAAACAUGAAAUUAGCAUAAAAAGAAAAUUAUAUGAAUUAAAAAUUAGAAAAGAAUUUGAAGAAAAAAUAAGAUUGAGAAGAAAAUUAAAUGAACAAAAAAUAUUACAAGAAAAAAAAAAGGAACAUAUCAAUUAUAAAGAUGAUGAUAAUAAAAAAAAAAAGGAAAAAGAAGGAGCAGAAGAUAAAGAUAAAGAAUUAGAAAUUGAAAAGGAAAAAGAGAAAAAAAAAGAAAAAGAAAAAGAAAAAAUGAAGAAGAAAAAAUUAUUUGAAGACUAUUCUAGUGAUGGAAGUUAUUAUAAAUAUGUAUAUAGAAAUUUAUAUGAAGAAACAUGUAAUAAAAAAACAAAAAAUCAUUUUUAUGAUAUAGGUGAUAAUUUAUAUUUACAAGAAUGUUCAGAUAAUUUUUUUCAUAAUAAUAAAAGUCAUUCAUCAAUUGACAAUUCUAUUUCUAAUAGUUUUGAUAAUGAAUUAAUUUCUUUAAGCAAGAUAAAAUUUGAUGAUUUUGAUUAUAAUUACUUAAAUGAACGUAAAAUAUCAAUAUACACAAAAAAAGAGAAUUCUUCUUAUGUUCAUAAGAGUGAAAGCGAUAGUAACAUAAAAAAUAAGUUUUUAAUUAAACCUAAAGUAAUUUUAACAGAUAAUGAAAAUAAUUGCACAAGUGAUCAAAGGAAAAAUAGAAGAUUUGAAGAGGAAAAAUAUAAAUUAUCAUAUAAAGAUGAUUUAAAUAAUCACAAUAAAAGAGAUAUUAAAAUUUCUUAUUCUAUGAAAGAUGAGAAAAAAAAGCCUUCUGAUUAUUCAAACAGUAUAUAUAAUUCUAACGAAUAUAAAAAGAAUAAUGAAGUAUUAAAUAAAUUAUUAAGCAUAAAAUAUCAAAAUAAAAUAAACAAAAAUGAUAUAAAUAAAAAUGAUAUAAACAAAAAUGAUAUAAACAAAAAAAAUGGAAUAAUAAUACAGAAAAAUAAAAUUGAGAAAAUUUUGAUUGAAAAAAAUAAUAUUGACGAAGUAAGUAAUACAAAUGAAGAAAAUAAUAUAAUUGAAAAAAAUGUCACAGAUAAAGAAAUUCAUUUAAGUGAAGAAAAUCAUGUAAAUGAAAAAAAUGGUAUAAAUGAAAUAAAUAAUAUAAAUGAAGAAAUUGUUAUAAAUAAAGAAAAUAAUGGAAAUGAAGAAAACAACAUAAAUGAAAAAAGCAAUAUAAAUAAAAUAAAUUUAAUUGAAGAAAAUGGUAUAAAUAAAGAAAAUAACAUAAAUGCAAAAGAGAAAAUAAGCGAAUUACAUAAAAUAAAUAAUGAAGAUGAUAAUAUAAAUGAAGAAAAUGACACAAAUGUAUAUAACUACAAAUUAUUGCUAAAUAAUCAUUCAUGCGACAGUUAUUCUAUUGAACAUAAGCAAAUGGAUUACUCAAAAAAAUAUAUAGAAAGUGAAAAACAAAUUAGUAAUAUCAAUUUUUAUGGGAAUUAUAAUGAUAUAAAAGAAAACAAGAAUUCAACAGUAAAAUCAUCAUUAGAAAAAUCAAAUUUAGAAAAAUUACAUUUGUCUAAAAGUCAUUCUAAUAAAAUGGAAUAUGAAAAUAAAAUUAAAAAUAAAUCAUCUUUAAGUAAAACAAAAGAAUAUUGUGAACAUUUAACAAAUAACGAAAUUAGUUUAAAUGAAAAUGAAGAAAAAAAAAAAGAUGAUGAUAUGAAAUCUUCUUUAUCUUCAUCAGAUAAUAUUAUUCCAAAAAUUAACAUUUUACAAAACAAAGAAAAUUAUAUUCCCCUAGAUGUUGCUUUAAAUUUCGUUAUGGAUAACCAAAAAUUAAAAAAAAAUAUACAAAAGGAAAAUAAAGGAAACAAAAAAAAGAAAACAUUUGUUCAGUGGUUAAUGGAAGAAAGGAAAAAAAGAUUAAAAAAUAAUUUACCAAUAGAUAUAUAA